AUGCGUCAUGUACACAGUACACCUUUUACUAUUGCAGCCACCAGCUUAUGUGUUUUUUGGUUCCUGGCCCUGUGUCCUGCCGGCGCACUUGCGCCUGAAAGGCUCGGCCGGGCAGCGACGGCCCCGGGACGUACUUACGCCCUAGCUUUUAGCGCGUUCGAACUUGCAAAGAUAUUUGGGCGUUUGGCUGAUCAAUCGCCCAUCGGUAGCGUCCUGGCCGCUCCGACCUCCAGGAUCGUGGGUGUUUGUACCCGGGGUAGGCGAAAGUGGCGCGAGAUUUUCGUGGAGGAGGGAGAGGAAAUCGAUCGUGCGCAGUUUGUAAGCCGGCUGUCAGCGACAGGGUUGACCUGGCCUACUUACUACGUGGCGAACAGACAGCCGCCCUUUCUGGUGCCAGAAAAGCAGCGUCACAAAUUUAGGCUAAAGGGAUACCUCGCUAAUGUGGCCGGCGAUCUGCAUAAGACAGACGAUUUAAAGGGCGCCGAAUCCGCAGAUGUUGGUCGAAUGCUUAGAGAGGUUGCCGUGCAGCCUCUCGACCAUGACGCUGCUGAGACUGUGUUCAUGACACUUAGCCACGAAGAGAACAAACUCACUGUCAACCACAUACUAGCAUUCAUCAAGUAUCGGUCCCCUUUACUACAGAUGGUCAACUGGGAGGCAUUCUUAGCUUCGUUGCCGGUAGGCCCUGAGGACAUACUCAUAUAA